AUGGCCGGCAUCAAGCGUAGCCGCGAAGAGUUCAGCGCCAUUUCCGGAACAUCUCCAGUACCGGCCGAGACCGGAGAUGCCCACUACAGCCAACAAAUCCCACCCAACCGCGAAAACGGCGACACGCAUGCGAGGAAGAAGCUCAAAGUCAAAGACACCACCCCUCAAGAAGGUCAGGGGCUCGUGCCUCCCCUCGCGAUUCCAAAGUCCGUAGCAGAGACACUUGCAGAACAGAAGAACACCGCUCAACAGAAGCGCCCGAUUGCAUCUGCAAUUGCAACUAAUGCGGAUGAAGAUACAAGUGAUGCGUCAAGUGUGGAUGGAGACAACAACCGGAAUACACAGGUCGCACAGCAAGUUCCACUUGAGGCCCCGUUGCCAGUGGUAGAAAGAGUACCGACUCCAAGGGUACCGUUCACCCUCCUGGCUCCGGUUCUAGCCGCGGAUAUGGCCAAUAAUCCGUAUGCCCCAACCGAUUCCAUUGCACGGCAGCACUACCUCCAGGAGGUAGGGCAGCUACAAUUGCACCCCACACUGACUCCUCAAAACACGCCUCAGUCCAGAGUGUCACAACAAAUUCGAGACGUUAUCUACGAGAGGCUGUUCCUGGGCUUCACGAAUGGCGAAUGCAUACCGACAUAUAAUGCUCAUGGAGGGAAUGCUAAUUCGGGUGCAGCCAUCUCAAAGGUGACUUUGCCCGAGAUGCCAAAGUGGUUCGCCGAAGAAGGUGUCGUUCUACCAUGGUCAGCUCGCAAAGAUUCUGACAAGAAGAGGCUAAAGGAUCUAAAAUUGGGACCGAAGAAUUUUCCUGCACCACAUGCGACCAAAGUCGCUGUCCCUGGAGCUGUGAAGGCUCCUAAAACAUCAGCGACCACCCGAGCAAAGAUCAAUCCCACGACACCAACAGUUAGCAAGCCAGCCGAGAAAGUUCCUAAUCCUGUCACUGCUGCAAGGGCAGAUCCCGAAGAUUUGCAGAUGUCAGACGAGAAUGAGUCCGUGGCGCAAGACCGCAAUCGUGUAGAUUCGCCACACGAGAUGGGCAUUGAGCGUGAUGAGAAUGAAGCCGAGACAGGACCACAGGUUGCCUUCGAAGGCCAACAUGGCUUUUAUGUGCCCCACUUGCUCGUCCGUGCGGGUAUCAACACCUUUGCUGUUGGUGGCGAUGGCAAUGAAGCCAUUGUCGAAAUGGUCCUUGGUGGAGAGAAGUACAAGAUCCACAGUAACGCGCUCUCCAAGCAUUGCGGUUUGGUCCGAAACGGGCUUGAAGAAGGGUGCUUGUAUGCAGAUCCUGCACUGAAUCUGGAAGGCCUUCCAAACCCCGUCAUUGUUAGAGCCUUUAUCAAUGCCAUCUCACCCACGCCGAUGCCUGGCCUGCCAACGCACGAUUUCGAGUUCGACGAGACAUGCACAUGCGAGCUAUACGAAGCCCAAAGCCCACUGAAUCUCGCCAAGCUUGAAGAUGAAGCGUCAAAUGUCACAAUCAGGAAGAUUAUCUGGAACCUCGAUUCGUGCAUUCAGAUGUACGACUUCGCAAAGACUCUAGACUGUACCAUAGUCAAGGACAUGGUCAUUGACCGUAUCUCGGAGAUCUUGAGCGAAGACGAGGACAACACAGGAGAUGAACAAAUCGACCUUCGACUGCACGAACUCUGCGCUUGGUCCGUUGCCGAGGACGCGAAGAUCCUUCGCGCCAUUGCUGACCACCACAUGGCACGACUUUGGCCGGAAGACGGUGAGAAGCCAGAGGAUAUGGAAUGGCCGGAAGAGCUAACGGAGGAGCAAAUCAAGGCCAUCUACGAACUUUAUGAGCCUUGCUACAAAGAGCUUGCAAAAGACUGGAUGGCGGAGACACACGAUAUGCUCCCCAGUAUGUAUGCCGACCUUCGCAAGCGAAGCGCUGCAAGGAACAAGAAAGAGGCUGAGGAGCACCGAAAGGUAUACCCACGCUCAACACACAAUCGGCGCCUCUAUAUACUCCAGGGCGAAUUCAUGCAGUGGUCACUCAGACAAGAAGAGAUGAUCGCGACAAUCUGGUGCGAGGGUUACGCACACGCCAUGACGAUUCCAUACGGCCCAGCUCGUGAGGCGGACAAGAAGCUCCGGAAAUUGGAGCCUAAACUCAGAAAGCUGGAGUUUGAUUACAACCGGGGCGUCAGGUAUUAUCUUGGACGCUUUGUGCUACACGAUGGGACUCAAGACAUCACAUAUGGCCGGGAUAAGAACACUUGGCCGUACUCCAGUGGCAAUUGGACAUCCGAGGUCUUCAAUGAGCAGGUGAAACCAUCUCGACCGGUGACGAGUUCUUGGUAG